CAGGCUCAGGGUGACAGCAGUAAAGGACGGUCAGUAGGGUCGCUCGGGGUGAAUGAAGUCUCCUCCCCUCACAGGGCACUCGCUUUCUCUACAGCAGAUUGCUGCCAACCUGUGAAAGAUGCCUUUGGUGGUGAAAUGGCCGUUUCCUGCUCACAUAUUCUUACAAAGGCAUGUCACCAGUACCAUUAUUACAGGACUUGUGGGCACUUACAGCUGGAUAUGGACCAAAUACAUGAAUCGCCUGAAAGUGCACAACAAAGAAGUCUUGUAUGACCUUAUUGAAAAACGGCAAUCGGAUACACCUCUCCUCACCAUUUCCAACCACCAGUCCUGCAUGGAUGACCCGCACCUCUGGGGAAUCUUGCAGCUGAAGCACCUCUGGAAUUUGAGACAGAUGCGUUGGACACCCACAGCUGCUGAUAUCUGCUUUACUAAAGAGGUUCACUCAUUGUUCUUCAGCCUGGGCAAGUGUGUACCAGUAUGCCGAGGGGAUGGUGUGUAUCAGCGAGGAAUGGACUUCAUUAUAGAAAAGUUGAACGAUGGUGAAUGGGUGCACAUUUUUCCUGAAGGAAAAGUUAAUAUGACACAAGACUUUGUGCGUCUAAAGUGGGGCAUCGGACGUUUAUUAUCUGAGUGUACUUCCAACCCCAUCAUCCUUCCUCUCUGGCAUGUUGGGAUGAACGAUGUACUCCCAAAUGAUCCUCCCUACAUACCUCGCUGGGGGCAGAAGAUCACUGUUCUAGUGGGGAGUCCAUUUAGUGCUGCAUCUUUGGUGGAGAAGUUGAGAGCUGAAGACAAAACACCUAUGGAGAUGAGGAAAGCGAUUACUGACUAUAUCCAGGAGGAGUUCCAUAAGCUGAAACACCAAGCCGAAAAUUUACACCAGAGUUUCCAAGAGCAAAGAUGACACCACCCUAAGUGAACCUGGUGUACAACCACCAAUGCUGGCAUUCCUUAAAUCACCAGAUGCCUUCCUGCCUAAAUACUUACCCACCCAGACCUCAUGGCAAUGGACCUUUUUGGGGAUACAAUGAAACUGUCUCCAUUUUAUUUUAGAAUAAUUGUUAUCUUUAAUUACUGUGGCGCAUGUGCCAGACUUGCUGCUAAAAAAUAAUGAAGGAGAAUGAUUUUAUGUUCUGCACGUUUGAAUGCAUACCGUCUUUACUGACCCAGGCACCAAUAACCACACAGUGAGGAAAUGGGUUUCUAAAAUAUUUGUAGAAACUUCCAGCUCCAUUGAUCUGUCCUGGUCCUAGAAGUUUUAGUAAUCUUUUUAAUGCAGACUUAUCUGCCUAAAUUUUAAUAGUGGUAUCACUGUGAGGGAGAGAAGGCACUCCAUAUGAUUUAAUAUUACCCCAAAGUUGUGCUACACCUAUCUUGCCUCCAUAGGGAGCACCACUUGCUAAUGCACAUGAGC